AUGGGAAAAGAUUAUUAUAAAAUUCUUGAAGUUGACAAGAACGCAGAUGACGAGGCACUUAAAAAAACUUACAAGAAGCUAGCUUUAAAAUGGCAUCCGGAUAGACACAAAAACGACAGUGACAAAGAAACAGCGGAACGAAAGUUUAAAGAAAUAAGCGAAGCAUAUGAAGUAUUAAGCGAUAAAGAUAAACGUCAAAUAUAUGAUGCAUAUGGUGAAGAGGGUCUAACAGGUGCUCCUCCGCAAGGAGACGGUAGUGGUUUCCCAGGUGGAUUUGGUGGGUUCCCUGGUUCAAACGUCAAAUAUACAUUUUCUACAGGUCCUGGUGGUAGUAGAGGUUUUACUCCAUCUAAUCCGAAUGACGUAUUUGGUGAAUUUAUGAAGCACUUCGGAGGGAUGUCAAAUGAUGAUGAUGAUCCUUUUGGUGGAUUUUCGGGAUUUCGUCAAGGAUCGUUUGGGAAAAACGCUAGAGGUACCGGAAGAACAGGGAUGUUUCAGGAAUCUUUCGGUGCACGCACACCCAGUGAAGCAAAUACUGAAGUUGUAAAACCAAUUGCACUCACUCUCGAGGAUCUAUAUAAAGGUGUCACGAAAAAAAUGAAGAUCACUCGAAAACUAUUUGAUAGUGCGACUAGUAAACAAGUUACUGCCGAUAAAGUUAUCGAACUUCAAGUGCGUCCCGGGAUGAAAGCUGGCUCAAAGUUUCGCUUUGCAAAUUCCGGUGAUGAACUGCCAAAUGGAGUAUCACAGGAUGUUGUAUUUGUCCUCGAAGAAAAACCGCAUCAAAUUUAUAAGCGUGACGGGGACAAUCUCAUCAUGACUUUAAGCAUAACCCUCGUGGAAGCUCUAUCUGGAUUCAAAAAGCCGAUCCAGACGUUAGACGGGAGAACACUAGCAAUCUCCAGUAAAAAUAUAAUACAACCUGACCAAGAACAAAGAGUUCUAGGCGAAGGAAUGCCCACAAAAGAUCCAAGUAGGAAAGGCGAUUUAAUUGUUAAAUAUAAAGUACAAUUCCCAACACGAUUGACCGAUAAACAAAAGGAAGAAAUCCGGAAAGUUCUUGACAGUUCAUUAUGA